AACGAGCGAAAUAAAGAAAACAAUAAAAGGAAUAAGAAGAAAGCGCAAUAAUACAAAAGUCGGAGGGAAAGCAAGCCACACACACAUUAAUGGAACAAAUAUGGAAGCCAGGUGUGAUGAAGGCAAUUAAGCAAAAGGACAGGUAUGCAUGCGAGGACAGUUCAUCAGGGCAGGUGCGACAAUCUUAAUUAACAGGAGACUCAGGUGUGCUGGGUCUUAUUAGCAACAGGAUGCGUCUCAUGCGAGUGUUGCUUGUGGUUACCUGUCUGUCUUCAGGAAAUUGCGUGAAGGUGGUGUCGCUACAAACUGACGUGUGGGCUGCCCCUCGCGUUGACGUAUUCCUCAGGGGUCGCCUUCAGGGUCAACGGCGCACACAGAACCAGCAGGACUCCCUCACACCAGCCAACACUGAUGCCCUGACUGUAUGCUAUCGCUUCAGAAAUUCAGCUUUUUCCCAAGAAGAAGCGCAUCUGUCCUACGCCAUACCUGGAGUUCCUAACUACCUGCUGGCGUAUCGCUUCGGGCCGCAGUUCCGCAUCCUGCUGAACAACACGCGCGUGGAGGGUCUGGACGAGUACAUGACGCGGUUGCAGCUGGGCGUGUGGACGCAUUAUUGCUUGCUGGUGACGCCCGGCAUGGUGCGCCUCUACGUGGACGGCACGUUUCAAGUGAAGGCUAGCCACACCUUGCCCCUGGAGGAGCUGGACCUGACGGGUGUGUUGGUGCUGGGACAGGAGCAGGACGAGUUGGGAGGCGGGUUCGUGGUCGGGGAAAUGUUCCUGGGUAGCUUGGCACAGAUGGACAUUUGGAGCAGCGAGCUGUCUGACGAUGACGUGCGGCAGCUGGCCACGUGUCGCGGUGAGCUUCACGGAAACGUGUUUUCCCUCGACCUGGACCUGGAGGAGAUGGAGAAUUCCAACGUACAGGUGACGUCAGUGGAGCUGAGCGGUCUGUGCAGCGAGCUAGAUAUCAAGACUGUCAUCCACUCCGUGUCCCUUAACUUCCAGGAGGCGAUAGAGUUCUGCGGCAAGACGGGCGCCCUGCUGCUGGCUCCCUCCUCCUGCGCCGCUGCCAGCCUCUUCUAUAAUCAAAGUCUGGAGUUCGCCGAUUUUUGCCAAGAUUCUUUCUGGGUAGGCGUGACAGACGCAGCCCAGGAGGGCGUGUGGCGGGCGGCUGGCAGCGGAGAGCUGGCCACCACUUGUUUCACGUUGGACCCAAACGGUGCCGAGGCAGAGAACUGCGUGUCCAUUCGUCUGGAAAACGGUGCGUGGGACGACCGCUCAUGCCAGCAGCCGCCACGGUGCUUUGCCUGCGAGGCGGUGACUGACUUGCGGGUGGGGCCGCCACGUCCCCUGGUGCUGCGCGGCCUCUGCUUCAAAACGCCCGAGCGGAGGUUCUUUGAGGUGCUGGGCUACAACAAUGACCGCCCAUUCUUUCACGGCUACUACGGCCUCAUCAUCUACGCCACGGAGGACGACUGGUGGGAGCUGCUGGACACGCGCACCAACAGGACCUUGGCGCGGGGCUACCCACCCUGGGACAUCGGCUACCCGGUAGGCCGCAUGGCCUGGACCACCACAGCAAAGUUCUGUAACUUCAGGAAAAACGAGGAGAUUGACCUGAGCCUCACGGUGUGCAACGCCUCGGAGAUCGCUUGCUCGGACGGCAGCUGCGUGAAGGAGGCGGCACGAUGCGAUGGCCGCUACCAGUGCCCAGACCUGUCAGACGAGGACGACUGCGCCCUCAUCACCUUUCCGUCAGGAUACCGCCUGCAGAUUCCACCGGAGCCUCGCGUGCCGGGGUCGCCGCAGCACAUCAACGUGUCCAUGAGCUUCCUGCGCUUCCUGAGCAUUGAGGACACCAAGUACUCCAUCACAGUGGAGUUCAUGUUGGACACCGCGUGGCGCGACGGACGCCUCAACUUCAACAACCUGCGCCGCGACGCCGACGACAACAAGGCGAGCGUGGCGGAGCAGAAGCGUCUGUGGCGUCCCUCUAUCAAGUUUACCAACGUGCUGGACGGCAACGUGCGUGUGUUGGAGCGCAGCCUGAGGGUGGCCAAGACGGGCAUCCCCACCCAAAGAGGCUUCAACGAGGUGGGGGGAGACACAGUGUACGAAGGCUGGUCUGGUGUUCUGAUCGACUCCCAGCACGUUAGCGGGACAUUCGACUGCACCUUUCACCUGUACCAAUACCCGUUCGACUCCCAGCGCUGCUCCGUCAAGAUGCGCUUCGGCCGCGAUCUCGGUGGUCAAUUGGUGGUGGAGGACGAGGACGCCGAGGUGCAGUACUUAGGGGCCGCCAUCCUGCCCUCCCACAGGCUUCAUAACUUCACCAUCAGCAGACUUGACGAGCAGCAAGGCAUCACGCUAGCGGUCUUCUUCAACCUGGAGCGGCGCCCUAGAGUGUUGGUGAUCAAGCUGUUCAUCCCGUCCCUCAUGCUGGUGUCCGUCGGUUACGUCACGCUCUACAUACCCAAAAAACUACUGCAGGCUCGUCUCAUCGUCAGUCUCACCACCAAGCUCGUCCUGUACACUCUCUUCAAUCAGGCCUCGUCCACGCUACCGAUCACCGCUUACAUCAAACUCAUCGAUAUCUGGUUCUUCUUUUGCAUCUGCACUUUACUGAGCAUCAUUCUCGUGCACGUAUUAGUUGAGCACUUACCGGAGGAUGCUGGACAAGGCGGUAGAGUGGUGCAGAUCCCCCCGUCAGCCGCUGCAGUGAGGGUAGUGGAUGCUGCAGGUGCCGCUGGGGGAGGGAAAAAGGGUAGUUUCAAUCUUAAUUUAAGGACACAUCGGAUGGGAAUUUCAUGUCUCACAGCUGACAGGGCGCUGAAAAUCAUGAGGUACUGUAUUGUGCCUAUUACCACGACAAUAUUCCUUGCUUUCUACUGGAUUGCCAUCAUGGAUAAAUAACAGCUAAGGUUUAAGGAAGGUAAAGGAGAGGAAGGUUAGGAACAGGACUGAGGCAUGUUAGGUGAAAGAUAGGUGAGAUUAGAGACCAGAGUGAGAGACAGGUAAAACGGGUAGGAUUGCUAUAAAUAUUUGUGUGUGUGUGUGUGUGUGUGUGUGUGUGUGUGUGUGUGUGUGUGUGUGUGUGUGUGUGUGUGUGUGUGUGUGUGUGUGUGUGUGUGUGUGUGUGUGUGUGUGUGUGUGUGUGUGUGUGUGUGUGUGAAGGGACUGUAGAAUUAUUUAAUACACUGUACAUCAUAGCAUU